AUGCACUUCGUGAUCCUGGGACACUGGAUCUACAUCGUGGGUGCCUCCCAGUACCCACCUCACCAGGCAGAGAUGGCAGGGGUUAAAUAUGCAGCUUUUUCCAUCUUUCCCAGCGGGCAGGAGGAUGAGCUCGAUGUCACUGAAGUGAUGAGAGUGAAUGAGACGUGUGUGAUGAGGAACAACACCAAGAUCCUGGUCUUCAGGCACAACUCCACCCUGAUGCAUGUUGACAACCAGGUGGUUUCCACUGCUGAGCUGGUCCAAAGCGACAAGGACCUGCUGAUCCUGAAGCACUUCAAUGACAACUUCCUGGGUCUGAGCCUCUCAGCACGAACACACAACGUGAGCAAGGAGCAGCUGGAGGAGUUCAAAGCCCAGUUGCACUGCCUGGGCCUCACCGAGGAGGAGAUGUUCUUCACAUCUGAAAAGGAUGCCUGUCCCCUGCCUGGGCAGAAGAAAGAAGAAGGCACCGAGGAGCCACAGCUGGAUUAA